UGGCCCGAUCCAGCCUGAUGACCCGUUCCAGCCUGAUGACCCGGUGUUCGUGAUCCAGCCUGAUGACCCGAUCCAGCCUGAUGACCCAAUCCAGCCUGAUGACCCGGUGUUCGUGAUCCAGCCAGAUGGCCCGAUCCAGCCUGAUGACCCGACCCAGCCAGAUGACUCAGUGCCCGCUGUCGAGCUUGGUGACUCGGUGCCCGCUGUCGUGCCAGAUGACUCAGUGCCCGCUGUCGAGCUUGAUGGCUCGGUGCCCGCUAACGUACCCGAUGACUCGGUGCCCGCUGACUUGCCCGAUGAUUUGGUGCCCGCUGUCGAGCUUGGUGACUCGGUGCCCGCUGUCGAGCUUGGUGACUCGGUGCCCGCUGUCGUGCCAGAUGACUCGGUGCCCGCUGUCGUGCCAGAUGACUUGGUGCCCGCUGUCGUGCCAGAUGACUCAGUGCCCCGCGGUCGUUCCAGAUGACUCGGUGCCCGCUGUCGAGCUUGGUGACCCGGUGCCUGCGGUUCUGCUAGAUGGCUCGGUGCCCGCUGACGUGCCUGGUGACUCGGUGCCCGCUGACUUGCCUGGUGACUCGGUGCCCGCUGUCGUGCCAGAUGACUUGAUGCCCGCUGUCGUGCCAGAUGACUUGGUGCCCGCUGUCGUGCCAGAUGAC